AUGCUGAAGAAAUUCGACAAGAAGGACGAGGAAUCGGGUGGAAGCUCCAACCCGUUCCAGCACCUGGAGAAGAGUGCGGUGCUGCAGGAGGCCCGUGUGUUUAACGAAACGCCCAUCAACCCUCGGAAAUGUGCCCACAUCCUCACCAAGAUCCUUUACCUCAUAAACCAGGGGGAGCACCUGGGGACCACGGAAGCGACUGAGGCCUUCUUUGCCAUGACCAAACUCUUUCAGUCCAAUGACCCCACCCUCCGUCGGAUGUGCUACUUGACCAUCAAGGAGAUGUCCUGCAUCGCAGAGGAUGUCAUCAUCGUGACCAGCAGCCUGACCAAGGACAUGACCGGCAAGGAGGACAGCUACCGGGGCCCGGCCGUGCGCGCCCUCUGCCAGAUCACCGACAGCACCAUGCUGCAGGCCAUUGAGCGCUACAUGAAGCAGGCCAUCGUGGACAAGGUGCCCAGUGUCUCCAGCUCCGCCCUCGUGUCUUCGUUGCACCUGCUCAAGUGCAGCUUCGAUGUGGUCAAGCGCUGGGUGAAUGAAGCCCAGGAGGCAGCGUCCAGUGACAACAUCAUGGUCCAGUACCACGCGCUGGGGCUCCUGUACCACGUGCGGAAGAACGACCGCCUGGCCGUCAGCAAGAUGAUCAGCAAGUUCACGCGGCACGGCCUCAAGUCCCCCUUCGCCUACUGCAUGAUGAUCCGCGUGGCCAGCCGGCAGCUGGAGGACGAGGACGGCAGCCGCGACAGCCCGCUGUUCGACUUCAUCGAGAGCUGCCUGCGCAACAAGCACGAGAUGGUGGUGUACGAGGCCGCCUCGGCCAUCGUCAACCUGCCGGGGUGCAGCGCCAAGGAGCUGGCCCCCGCCGUCUCAGUGCUCCAGCUUUUCUGCAGCUCCCCCAAGGCCGCCCUCCGUUACGCUGCGGUCCGCACCCUCAACAAGGUGGCCAUGAAGCACCCGUCCGCGGUGACAGCCUGUAACCUGGACCUGGAGAAUCUGGUGACGGACUCGAACCGCAGCAUCGCCACGCUGGCCAUCACCACCCUGCUUAAGACGGGCAGCGAGGGCAGCAUCGACCGCCUCAUGAAGCAGAUCUCCUCCUUCAUGUCUGAGAUCUCGGAUGAGUUCAAGGUGGUGGUCGUGCAGGCCAUCAGCGCGCUGUGUCAGAAGUACCCCCGCAAGCACGCCGUGCUCAUGAACUUCCUGUUCUCCAUGCUGCGGGAAGAGGGCGGCUUCGAGUACAAGCGGGCCAUCGUGGACUGCAUCAUCAGCAUCAUCGAGGAGAACGCGGAGAGCAAGGAGACGGGGCUGUCCCACCUGUGCGAGUUCAUCGAGGACUGCGAGUUCACCGUGCUGGCCACGCGCAUCCUGCACCUUCUGGGCCAGGAGGGGCCCAAGACCAGCAACCCCUCCAAGUACAUCCGCUUCAUCUACAACCGAGUGGUGCUGGAGCACGCCGAGGUCCGCGCAGGCGCCGUGAGUGCUCUGGCCAAGUUUGGGGCGCAGAAUGAAGAGAUGCUGCCCAGUAUCCUGGUGCUGCUGAAGAGGUGUGUGAUGGACGACGACAACGAGGUCAGAGACCGCGCCACCUUCUAUCUCAACGUCCUGGAGCAGAAGCAGAAGGCCCUCAACGCAGGCUAUAUCCUGAACGGUCUGACGGUGUCCAUCCCGGGCCUGGAGAGGGCGCUGCAGCAGUACACUCUGGAGCCGUCGGAGAAGCCCUUUGACCUCAAGUCCGUGCCGCUGGCCACCGCGCCCGUGGCAGAGCAGAGGACCGAGAGCACCCCAGUCACCACCGCCAAGCAGCCCGAGAAGGUGGCCGCCACCCGGCAGGAGAUCUUCCAGGAGCAGCUGGCGGCUGUGCCUGAGUUCCAGGGGCUGGGGCCCCUCUUCAAGUCCUCGCCUGAGCCCGUGGCCCUCACUGAGUCGGAGACGGAGUACGUCAUCCGCUGUACGAAGCACACCUUCACUGAGCACAUGGUCUUCCAGUUUGACUGCACGAACACACUCAAUGACCAGACCCUGGAGAACGUCACGGUGCAGAUGGAGCCCACGGAGGCCUACGAGGUGCUGGGUUACGUGCCCGCCCGCAGCCUGCCCUACAACCAGCCUGGGACCUGCUACACGCUGGUGGCCCUGCCCAAGGAAGACCCCACGGCGGUGGCCUGCACGUUCAGCUGCAUGAUGAAGUUCACUGUCAAGGACUGCGACCCCACCACCGGGGAGGCGGACGAGGAGGGCUACGAGGAUGAGUACGUGCUGGAGGAUCUGGAAGUCACGAUAGCGGAUCACAUCCAGAAGGUCAUGAAGGUAAACUUCGAGGCAGCCUGGGACGAGGUGGGGGAUGAGUUUGAGAAGGAGGAAACGUUCACCUUGUCUACCAUCAAGACCCUCGAAGAGGCUGUGGGCAACAUCGUCAGGUUCUUAGGAAUGCACCCUUGUGAGCGGUCUGACAAAGUGCCGGACAACAAGAAUACGCACACGCUGCUCCUGGCCGGUGUGUUCCGGGGCGGCCAUGACAUCCUGGUGCGCUCCCGACUGCUGCUUUUGGACACGGUCACUAUGCAGGUGACAGCCAGAAGUUCGGAGGAGCUGCCGGUGGACAUCGUCUUGGCGUCCGUGGGCUAA